AUGACUUUCUAUCUCUUGGCCCUGCUGGCCUUGCCGGUGGUGUGGGCACUAGGCACCCCAAAGACCUGUGCAAACCCUGUCCUGAGCUGCGGAACGAUCACCUCGACCGACCUGUGCUGUUUCAACUCUCCGGGAGGCCAGAUGCUCCUCACGCAGUUCUGGGAUACGGAUCCAGUCACGGGGCCAACCACCUCGUGGACGAUUCAUGGAUUGUGGCCGGAUCAUUGUGAUGGCACCUAUGACUCUAGUUGUGACCCUACCAGAGCCUAUACCGGGAUUACGGGCAUCCUCCAGUCUUUCGGGAAGACUGAUCUGCUUUCCUACAUGCAGACUUACUGGAAAGAUUACACCGGCGAUGACGAGACCUUCUGGCAACACGAAUGGAGCAAGCACGGUACCUGCGUAAGCACGCUGGAGCCCAGCUGCUACACUGACUACACAGAAAAGCAAGAAGUCGUCGACUUUUUCCAAAGAGCCGUGGAUCUGGACAAGACACUCGACAGCUACACGUUCCUUAAGAACGCCGGCAUCGUCCCAUCCACGACUGAAACAUACACCUCCGCUGAGAUUCAAGCCGCUCUCAAGGCCGGCUUUGGCUACGCGGUGACCAUUCAAUGCUCUUCUGGUGCCCUCAACGAGAUUUGGUACUCUUACGACGUUCGGGGCUCUGUAGCAACAGGUGAAUUUGUGAAAGCUGAUCCGGUUGGUCAGUCUGGCAGCUGUGCCUCGACUGGUAUCAAAUAUCUGCCCAAGUCAGGCGGUGGUGGCACGCCAGCCACAUCCGGACCGGGUUCUACUCCCACUGGAGACUCGUUCUCUGGAACGGGCUACUUGAACGCAGUCACGAGUGGAAGUGCGAAGGGUUGCUUGAUCAGUGCUGGAAAAUGGUAUACCAGUGGCACCUGUGCUACUUUUACAGCAACAGCUUCCGGCUCUGGCUUCACUCUGAAGUCCUCUAAGGGUAACUGUGGUAUUGUGAGCGGUGCUUUCACCUGUGAUUCUGGUGUUACCGCCACCGUCUUCACUGCUAGUGGGGGCAAGUUGGCGUACAACGGUGCCACCAACUUCUAUGCCGCGGAUGUUCCAACUGGCAGCACGCAGCAGACCGUCUAUACCACAUCCAAGUACGUGUCGGUUAGUUUCCAGUGGGCGAGUGCGUAA